GCAUAUUCUUUCCUCCUUUUGUUCUUCUUUUUCUUUCUCAGCGGCAGCUUUGCAUCUUCUCCCCAUUUGUUUCUUCAUUAUUUUUCUCCUUUUCCCUCUCCGCUGCAGCCCCAUCUUCCUUUCACCGCCAAAUCUGACCGAGACCGAGAUCGAGAUCGAGAUAGAGACAAGGAGCUGGAACUGGAAGUCAUUAAAGAGCAGUAUCUCCUCUCUCUACUAUUUUCGACUUCAGUUUUGCAUCUGUUUGAGAUGAGUUUCAGAUAUACGAGGGUUUGCUUUUGCAAAUCAAUCUCACAUCUUCCAGUGAUCCAAAAGAAUAAUCAGGAGUUUCACUGGGGAAUCUUGGGAGAUACUUGUUUUCUUUAGACUGAAACGAUCAGGAGUUUCACUUCUUUACUUGAAAUCAAUGAUUGUCAGCAGAUCCACCCAUGAAACCGUCCCCUCUUCGUCUUCCUCUCGGCGUUCAAAACACUGGAAGUACGAGCUGUGCAAGAAUCCUCCGCUACUUUUCAUUUUUCUUUUUCUUUUUUCCCUUUUCUUGAAAUCAGUGUAUACCAGGAGCUCUGCCUAUGCAAACCGCUGGAAUUACGAUGUGUUCCUGAGCUUUAGGGGCGAGGACACACGCACUGGGUUCACAGACCACCUCUCGAUUGCGUUACGCAAUGCCGACAUCAACACGUUUGUAGACUACCAGCUCAGAAGGGGGGAAAAGAUACAGAGCGAACUUGACCGAGAAAUCGAACGGUCAAUGAUCGUUGUCGUCAUCUUCUCGAAGAGGUACGCAGAGUCCCAAUGGUGCCUGAGGGAGCUGUCGAAGAUCAUGAGGUGCCGAGAAGACCAAGAGGGGAAAGUAGUCUAUCCAAUAUUCUACGACGUUGAGCCUUCUCAAGUGAGGAAACAGAGUGGUAGUUUUGGGGAAGCAUUUCAGAAGCAUGAAAGGGAGGUAGAUCCAAAUGAAGUCGAGCAGUGGAGAAAGGAUCUUAAGGCUUGUGCAGAUUUGAGUGGCCGGAAUCUUAAAACCACGGCGGACGGGCGUGAAGGAUUGUUCAUCCAGAAUGUUGUUGGAGACAUCAUCGUACUAACAAAAACCAGAGACUUACAAACAUGUCAAGCACUCGAUUGGGAUACCUUGUCGCGUCUGCAACAGUUCACUAUUUUUAUUAUUUUGUUUUCAUGUGUUUUUUUGAAAUCAGUGAAUACCAGCAGCUCCGCCCAUGCAAACCGCUGGAAGUACGAUGUGUUCCUGAGCUUUAGAGGCGCCGACACACGCAAAACCUUCACAGACCACCUCUUCAUUGCGUUGUGCAAUGCAGGCAUCAACAUGUAUGUAGACGAACAGUUCGAAAUGGGGUAUAAUAUACAGAGAGAACUUGACCAAGGAAUCAAAGGGUCGAGGAUCGCUGUUGUCAUCUUCUCGCAGAGGUACACAGAGUCCCGAUGUUGCCUGAGGGAGCUGUCGAUGAUCAUGAGAGAGGGGAAAGUAGUCUAUCCUAUAUUCUACGACGUUGAGCCUUCUGAUCUGAGGAAAGAGAUUGGUAGUUUUGGGGAAGCAUUUCAGAAGCAUGAAAGGGAUGAAGAUCCAAAUGAGGUGAAGCAGUGGAGAAUGGAUCUUAGGGCUUGUGCGGAGUUGAGUGGCCGGAAUCUUGAAAUCACGGCAGACGGGCGUGAAGGAUUGUUCAUCCAGAAUGUUGUUGGGGACAUCAUCGUACUAACAAAAACCAGAGACUUACAAACAUGUCAAGCACUCGAGUGGGAUACCUUGUCGCGACUGCAACAGUUCACUAUUUUUAUUAUUUUGUUUUCAUGUGUUUUUUUGAAAUCAGUGAAUACCAGCAGCUCCGCCCAUGCAAACCGCUGGAAGUACGAUGUGUUCCUGAGCUUUAGAGGCGUCGACACACGCAAAACCUUCACAUACCACCUCUUCAUUGCGUUGCGCAAUGCAGGCAUCAACACGUAUGUAGACGAACAGUUCGAAAUGGGGGAUAAUAUACAGAGAGAACUUGACCAAGGAAUCAAAGGGUCGAGGAUCGCUGUUGUCAUCUUCUCGCAGAGGUACACAGAGUCCCGAUGGUGCCUGAGGGAGCUGUCGAUGAUCAUGAGAGAGGGGAAAGUAGUCUAUCCUAUAUUCUACGACGUUGAGCCUUCUGAUCUGAGGAAAGAGAUUGGUAGUUUUGGGGAAGCAUUUCAGAAGCAUGAAAGGGAUGAAGAUCCAAAUGAGGUGAAGCAGUGGAGAAUGGAUCUUAGGGCUUGUGCGGAGUUGAGAUGCCCGAAUCUUGAAAUCACGGCAGACGGGGGGGAAGCAUUCUUCCUCGAGAAUGUUGCUGGGGACAUCGUCGGACUAACAAAAACCAGAGACUUACAAACAUGUCAAGCACUCGGUUGGAAUCCCAUGUCGCGUCUGCAACAGUUCAUUAUUUUUAUUAUAUUUUUUUUCGUGUUUAUUAUUGAAAGGCCGCCCCAUCUGAAUUGUGACUGCUUUCCCAUAGCCUAGGCAGCACUUUUUUUUCUUUUUUGGUUAAAUGAUUACCUUUGUUGAGUCCAAGUUUUCUGCACCCAAAUACCCUUGUAGCCCCUCUGUGGCUCUUCUAAAUAUGCAACACCUGUCCGUUCCUUUAACCUAACCAAACACUGUUAAAUCUUCUGUCAUCUCCUAAAACAAACCAAGUGUCCCAACCCAAAACCCAACUUCCUGACCAUAUGUCUGCGUGGGGUUUCAAAAUCGCGGCCAUGGCUCCGGAAACUGCUGCGAGAUCAAGUCCAACAGAUGACUGGAGCUUAAUUAGUCUGACAUACAAGAGUGAGAUCAACAAUUUUGUUGAUUUGGUGAUGAAGGGAUCGAUAUGAUCCCGAUUUAAAUAUGGUGCGGCAGCUACAAGGAAGAGAUCGUACAGCAGCGGAUUAUGGUGGGUGUCUGCCGAGGUUUAGUGUGGGUGGUGGUUGUCGGUUUGGGGUGGCUGUUGUGAGAAAAAUCAAAUCACGGAGGAAGGUAAAGGGAAAAUGCACGGGAAAAUCUGAGCAACCAACUUCCAAGUGGUAACACAGCAGCAGCAAGGCCAAAAAGGAGCCUUUCUGGGUUUUCUUCGCUUUUGAAAAUCCAACAUUGGGCGCUUGGAUCAUGGUAGUUGGAUGGUUGCAUCCAACAAAAAUUUACUUGUUUGUAAUGAUAUUUAAGAGUGUUUUUAACCGUGAAUUUUAUUCCCAUGUUUGUAAACUUGUGUGAUUAGGAAUGUGUCAGCUGUCAUGGUAGUGAUGAAUUGUGUGCUACAGUCUGGUUUUGGAGUGAUUUAUGUCAUCGAUACAUGUUUAAAAAGCUUAUAAUUUCAUUGCUACCU